UUUACGAUUCAAAAUUAACUUCCCGAUUCACGAUUUAAUUUGCCAAAGAGGUGGAUGAUGCAAAAGUGUGUAGUUUAGGGUUUAGGGUUUGUAAUACUAAUGUGUUUUAGAAGAAAGGGAAAAGGGGUUUAGGGUUUGGUCCAGAAUGCAUUUCCAACGAAAUUGGUGAGUUCUAAUCCAUUCUCAUUCCCCUCGCUUCUCUUCCCAUGUUUCAUUUUCUUAGCAGGAGCGUUUUUCCAACCACAAGAAAACUGGUUCUGUUGCAAAACCAAAACUACCAGCAAUGGAUUUCAUUGAAAUUCAUCUCCACCCCUUCAAAAGGAAACUCUUUUACAGCAUCAUACCUCAUUGACACUUGUGGGUUAUCACCGCAGCGUGCUGCUUCGUUUUCCAAACGCAUGAAAUUCGAAACCCGUGAAAAACCAGACCUUGUGUUUGAGUUCUUCAAGAACCAGGGUUUCUCACAAACCAUGGCCUUAAUUAUCAUCCAAUCUUUCCCAGGGAUCCUUCGAUCUGAUCCCAUUAAAACUUUGCUUCCAAAGAUUGAUUUUUUGAAGUCCAAAGGUUUUUCUAACUCUGACAUAUACAGCAUCAUAAGGGCUUGCCCUUCCAUCCUCAAUAGAAGCUUGCACAGAGAAAUUAUUCCCUGUUUUGAUUUCUUCAACAACUUGUUUCAUUGUAAGCACAAGUUCAUGAAAACUAUAAAACGUUAUUCCGGUAUUCUUGUUGACCUUGAGAACUGUUCAGAACUAAAUAUCAAAGUGCUGAGGGAAGGAGGAGUUCCUGAAUCACAUAUUAUAAGGUUUAUAGAAUACUUCCCUCGCACAUUGAAGUUUCCUCAUAAGCGGUUCAAGGAGUUAGUUCAGGAAGUGAAGGAAUUGGGGUUUGAUCCUUUGAAGUUGCAAUUUGUUGUAGUUGUUCAUAUAAAGCUAUGCAUAAGCAAAUCCACAUGGGCAAGGAAGGAAGGUGUUUAUAGAAAGUGGGGUUGGACUGAUGAUGAUAUUAGUGCAACAUUUAGAGUCUUUCCAUUUUUUAUUUCGGUUUCAGACAAAAAGAUUGAUGCUGUCAUGGAUUUUCUGGUGAACAGAUUGGGCUACAAGUCUGCUGAUAUUGCUAGGUGUCCAGCGGUAAUGUCUAUGAGCUUGGGAAACCGAAUUAUUCCAAGAGGUUCUGUUGUUCUAGUUUUGUUGUCAAAGGGUCUGGUGAGCAAGCUGAGCCUGGGUGCAAUAUUUAAGUGUAAUGAAAAGGUCUUCUUAGACAAGUUUAUCUCUUGUCAUGAGAAGGAAGCUGAUGAGCUGUUGAAGUUGUAUCGAGCUAAAUUGACUCUUACAGGGUGACUAGGAAUGAAUAUUGGUUCAAGGUAGUGAAUGAAAUGAAGUAAUGAUUACAGUGCCUACUCUCUGACCUUAAAUUGUCUUUUGGUGCAUUGUAUUAUUCAUCACUUUUUUAUUCUUGUUUGCUCCAAUUUAAAUGUCCAACAAAUCAAUUUUGAUUUUCUCUGUCUACAGUCUUAUUUUAGUUAUGUUUG